GAUGGACUCGUUCUCUUCUCAGCUCGAAGCGCUUCGCACUCGCUGAUCCCAGAGAUGCAGCUCCUGCAGCAGCGUGCCCGGCGGGACUCGCCACGGUGCCUCGCCUCCCCCCCGCCGUGCUCUGGCGUUCGCGCAGCCAUUUGGGCUCAAUGGGCAGCCAUUUGGGCUCAAUGGGAUCUCUGCACGCCCAAAUGUAUCAGUAGUCCAUAUCGUGCGAUGCGCAGUGAGAAUGCAGCGGGUGUAGACGACCCGUCGAUCCUGAAGAACCGAACUGCGAUCUCGUAUGACCCCGAUGGUGAGCGGAAGCUCCAAGAUAGCUUCGAGAAUGUCAUCGAGAAUCUUGGCCCCCGCCGCAUCCACUGGGCGCUCGCUUCUGCCUGCCUGCUGAUCAACCUGAUUCCUUCUGUGGGCGGUGGGAUGAUGCCAUACAUCAAGGCCUCGGUGAUGCUUGAGUACGGCGUGAGCAACACACAGGUGGCUUGGCGCGGCGGCGGAUCUUCUGGCAGCGUAUUCUCCAGCGUAGUCGGGUCGGCCGUGUUCGGACGGAUGGCCGACUCUUUCGGGCGGACGCCUUGGGCCGCCCUGCCCCCCGUCCUCGCGUGCGUGGCCCUGUCCUUGCCGCUGGUGCUCCUGCAGCUGGCGUGCAGGGGCCCGUUGGGCUUCCGACUGCUGGUCGCCUUGCAGACGCUCCUGGGGCUGCCCACUGCGGGUCUGAGCGCCGUCGUCGUUCCGUACAUGCUUGAGUUCUGCAGCAGCAGCACGCGGGGCGUGAUGGGCACCAUGAUCAACCUGGGCUGGCCGCUCGGCGCCAUCUACAGCGUCCUGGUCGUUCGCGCGGUGGGCACCGACAACUGGCGGCUGUGCCUGCUGGCGCCCGUGCCUCCCUGCAUCCUGGCGCUGUGCUGCCUGCCCCUGCUGCCGGAGAGCCCGCGAUGGCUCAGCGCCGUGGGGAGGCACAAGGAGGCGCAGCAGGUCCUGCGCCUGAUGUCCGCCUCGGGGGCGUUGGGCGGCGGGGCGCCGGCGCCGGCGGCCUCCCAGGCGGAGACUUUGCCGCUCCUGCCCGAGGCCGCCGCCUGCGCAGAGUCCCCGCGCGAGCCGGGGCUGCCGCCCUACCGCGAGCUGGCGUCGCCGGCCUUCCGAUCCGACAUCCUCACGGUCUGUGCCCUGUUCGCGUGCGCUGGCUGCGAGAGCUUUGCCUUCUGGGUGUUCGGCCCAGAGCUCCUCAAGGGCGCCAGUGGUCAGGAGCCACCAUACUGGAUCUUCAUAAUGUAUCUGAAAGCCUCGGGCUUGUCACUGCCGCCGCCAGUCGCCCUGGCAAAGCCUGCGUGGUUUACGCACGCAGAAGUUUGAGGCCUCUCGGGCUUCCUGGGGGCCUCUGCGGCCGCCUUGCCGAACGUAUCGAGAAGUCCUUCUUUGUCCUCGAGCAUGGAUGGCGUGAUGGCCCCGCUGGGCGGGCAGUGGACUCGGUCGUCAGUGCGGUCGCCACUCUUUUGGCCGCUGUGGUCAUAGACUCUCUCGGGCGGAAGCCGCUGCUGAUGCUGGGCAACUGGAUUCUCCUUCUGGUUGUCGCGCUUCUUCUGUGUAGGCCCUCGCUGAGCAUGGCGUGCGUCGCCUGGCUGCUGAUGGGCGCCGCCAACGCCUUCGUGUGGGUCGUCAUCCCGAUCUACUCCAGCGAGAUCUUCCCCACGCGGCUGCGCGGCACGGCGGGGGGCUUGGGCAAUCUGUGUUGUUGCCUCGCGGGCGGCUUGUCCCCGCUGCUGGUGGGCGCGCUGCUGGGCAGGUCGUUCGUGCUGACUCUCGGCGUUGUCUCUGGCUCCAUCGUCGCCGCCUGCUAUUUGGCUGCGUUCCUCAUGCGGGAGACCGUGCACGCGCGAGUUGCACGUUGAUGGUCGCCCAGAAAGUUCGGGGUGCUGUAUUGCCGCGGUCUCUGCCG